GUAAUCACUGUCUUUCUCCUAAAACUAAUUUUCCACAUGAACAUGCAGCCUAUUGAUUUCUUCUUUUCCUCGUCUUCUCAAGAUUUGGGAAGGACAAUAGUACCACCAUUAGGAGCUCAGGUUAUGACAGCCACUGUGACAAGUUAAUUUUUUUUGCUGGGUGAACUUGACAUGGUUUUAUGUUUUCCCUCGGUGGGUAGUAGAUUAUACUUUGAUUAAUUCAUCUCCUUUUAAUCCAUGCUUAUUUGCUUCCCUAUGCUCUGUACACGUAUAUUCUUGUUAUUUAUAUUAAUUAUGUUCUUGCAGCCCACAUCUUUGACUGUGAACAUGACUUGUGCAGGCCUCUGUGUAUCUGCUGUUUACUGCAAUCGCUGUGAAUUCAAAGUAUUUUCAUGAUCUUGAAAAUUAUGUCAAUCAUAUUUGAAUAAGUAGUUUUAUAUUUGUUUUUUUUUCUAUUUUUCGAGGUCUUUUUUUUUAUUUGAGGUUAACAAAAAUGUUCCGAGAACAUCUGGUCGACAUUAUCUUGUUCUCAUUGGUUGAUGUGGUGAAUUUAUUGUUUAUCUCGUAUUAAUUCAUAUUAGCAUUGUUUUUAUCCUCGAUGACAUUAAUUAUAUUUUAAAACGUUAAAAUAUAUUUUAUUUUGACUUACUAUUUUAUUUUAUUUUGACAUCCCAUUUAGUGUUUUUAUGUACAUAGCCACGCUGUGUACGCGACGCAUUGGGCCGAUUCCCCCACUCGUCAGCAUCAAAGAGGCGGCAAGCGGCUCCGCCUAAUCACCAAGUACACGUGGCUAUCUCGGAACGAGUCGGAGGAGCUCGUUCUUUCGCCAUCAGAUGGACAACCGUUCGAGGGAUUCACAGCCGUCCGAUCACACCACGAAUUCCCUCGCCUGUGAGGCAGUCGUCAACCAAUCUGGAUCAUCCACGUGUCCUGAUUAAAUAUAGAAAAGGAAGAAAAGAAGCGGGAAGCAACAGAACCCAUCUCCCUUGUCUCUCCCCUGUCCUAUUUGUUGGUUCCACCCCGCUGUCGGUUCCAUUCUAGGGUUUGGUUUCGGCGUUUGCUUUCGCUUGCUUUGGUCUCCGGCCGAGAGCCGUUUCAGCUCCUUCUUCCGCUUCUUCAGCUUGUUGUUAUGGCUCCGUCUCUGGAGAUACCAAUCAUCUAUUCGGACUUGCAACUUUCAUGGCCACCUCUCAAUGAAAGGAUUCUUUCAUCCAUGUGCAGAAGGUCUGUUGCAGCACAUCCUUGGCAUGAUCUUGACAUAGGUCCUGAAGCUCCUAUGAUAUUUAACUGUGUGGUAGAAAUAGGAAGGGGAAGCAAAGUGAAAUAUGAACUUGACAAGAGAACUGGGCUGAUAAAGGAACCAGUAAUUCCAGGAUGUUUUAUUCGAGCUAAAGCCAUAGGUCUGAUGCCUAUGAUUGAUCAGGUCUGGCUUGGUUAGACAAGUUGGAGAACUGAUUUUGUAAAUUGAAGCAUUAGUGAUUCACAUAUUGUUAUAUAAUGCUUCUGAUGAUUGCUUAACUUUGGUAAAAGCCAUGUUGAUGCAAUUUAUGAUGUUGGAAACGGGGAGAAAGAUGACAAGAUAAUUGCUGUUUGUGCGGAUGACCCUGAAUACAACCAUUACAAUGAUAUCAACAAGCUGCCAUGUCAUCGUUUAGCUGAAAUCAGGCGUUUAUAUCUACUAACACAGACUAAACAUGACCAACUUUUUUGCAGUUUAUGUAAAUAAGCAGACAAAUACUGUCAAUUGAAUCACUGGACUUAUGUUUCUAGAACACUGGUGUGUGUUGCUAAAGAGACUCGAAUUCUGAUGUCUCUCACAAAAUUCUGUGCCAUUAGAGGUUUUGCUUCAUCAAAGCCUGUCCUUGAACAAGAUAUUCAGAUAAGAAAAAGGAGAACAAGGAAGUUGCUGUGAAUGACAUCCUGUCUGCAUCUUCAGCUUAUAAAGAAAGCCAUUCAACACUCCAUGGACCUUUAUGGCACUUGCAUUGUCGAAUACUCGAGGAAGUAGGAGGCAUCUUGACAAAUGGAGCUGAAAGUAAUUGGUCAUUUCCACAUAGUGAUUUUAUAUACGGCAGCUAUCAUUUAGUAAUAGUUACAUAUGAUACGCAAAAGUGACUGCUCAUAUUCUGCAUCGCAUGGUUGUGGUAACAUUUAGUACAAAAUUU